AUGGACAGGGCGAGGUGGCAGCGGGUACUGACCCUCCUCCCCAUCUGCCUGGCUCUUGCCUUCUCCCUUGCAGCCAUAGGCAGCAGCCACUGGUGUGAGGGGAUCCGACGGACGACAAAACCACUGUGCCAGGACCCCCUGCGGGGAGUGAACUGCAUUCAGGUCAGCCAGGCCAGCAACAGCACUGGCAAGGAGCACGGCGACAGCCAGACUGUCCAGUACAUCUGGGAGACGGGUGACGACAAAUUCAUCCUGCUCGGGUUCCAUGCAGGGCUCUGGCAGUCCUGUGAGGAAAGCCUCAACAGCACAGGUGAGCGAUGCAAAUGCUUCCUGGGGGUGGUGCCCACCGAGGCACAAGGUGUUUUGUGGCUCUCCAUUGGGGCUGAAGUCUUGGAUAUCUUCCUGAUACUGGCAGGUGUCAUCUUCCUGGGCUGCAGUGUGAGUCAUUGCCAUUCUGGAUGCAACUGGCUCAAGGUGGAUGCCUCGGUGGCCAUCCUCAUGGUGCUGGCAGGACUCCUGGGCAUGGUGGCCCACAUGAUGUACACAACUAGUUUCCAAAUCACUGUGAACCUGGGACCAGAAGAUUGGCGGCCUCAGACGUGGGACUACGGCUGGUCCUAUUGCCUCGCCUGGGGAUCUUUCGCCCUCUGUAUGGCUGUGUCAGUGGCGACCAUGAGCAGAUACACCGUCACCCAGGCAGAGAAGCCAAAGGCACAGAAAGGCGGUCCAUUCCCUCAGCUCAAGAUCCCACAGCCUGAACUUUCACAGCAGGUUUGGCGAACAGGAGCUGCUCCUCGCCCCGUGGGACAAGUCUUCGUGAGUGUUCUUGGACGCCCUCCCCCAGGAAGAGGAGGCAAAGUGUCCAUGUGCUAGCCAGUAAAGCAGGGGCAAAUGAGCCAGGCACUUGUUACCCCAGUGAAUAUUUCUGGAGUGGCGUUCAGAAGACGAUGGUACAGAUAAGCCUUCCAGUACUCAUCUCUGGAUUCAGCCUCUCACGCCUCCUACAAUGCCAGCAUCUUUAGAGGAGAUGUCUACGGAAAGUAUCAACUAUUGGUACUCUAGUGUAAAGUCAUGUCAUAGGCGUCCCUGACUCUGAGUCUAAUAAGUCUCCUAAAGGAAAAGAGGAUGAAGGAAAAGAGUCCCCAACCCUUACUGCAGAUGCAGAAUCUGUUACCCACACAGACUGAGUGGCAGACAAACCUGGAAUAUUUUUCUCUAGUUGACACAGGAAAUAUAUGGACAUGCUACGCUUUCUAAUUUGCAUGAAGAAGAUAGACAUUUUAAAAUAAAAUUUGUUGCCUGAAAAUAUGCUUCACCAGGUAUGGGGGCAUGGGCUUUUAAUCUCAGAGCUCAGAGGGACCUCUAAGAGUUCCAAAACAGCUAAUAAAAAGGACUCAGCCUCAAAACAAAUUCAUAAUGUCUACUUACAGUGAAGCCAGUUCGAAAGGAUGGUGAAGUGACAGGGAGAAAGGGAAUGGCAUCUUAUCACAGUGAAGUGGAACAAAUGUUUGGAUUGUCCUGCUUAAGUUAAGUCACCAGGCAUUCUUGAGUCUAAAAAUAAACUCUGCCAAGCCCG